AAUUCGUGGAAGAAGCUGGACUGGAGCUCUAGAGUGCGUGGUGAAGGAAGCGCAGCUAUGGAGUCGUCGUCGAAGAAAGUAUCAGUGUCGCUUUCUCUCUAUACGAUCCUCAUGAUGAUGAUGAUGAUGAUGAUGAUUUGUGGCGUGAGAGCUUGGACGGGUGAAAUCAAUGGCAGAGUCGUCUGUGAUCUCUGUGGUGAUUCUUCUAUCGGCCCCGAAGAUCAUGUUUUACAAGGUGCUGAGGUGGCUGUUCUUUGCAUAACAAAAUCCGGGGAAGUUCUUAAUUAUCAGGCAUUCACAAACUCCAAAGGGGUGUACACAGUGGCAGAGACAAUGCCAGAAAGCGAUCGUUGGGAUGCUUGCCUGGCACGACCUAUCAGCAGCUUCCAUGAACACUGCACGAGUCUGGGAGAGGGAAGUUCAGGUGUCAAGUUCGGUUACAAUCACCCAUCAGGUUAUUCUCACACAGUUAGACCUUUCGUCUAUAACCCGGCCAAUGUUCCAACAUACUGUAUUUGAAUAUUUUGAAUUUGCUAAACAUGGAUACUUGUCAAAUGUAUAUAUGUAAAACAUGUGUGGAGAUAAAUUAUAAAUUAUUGUAGUUAGUGCUUGUUUGGUUAUCAACUUA